AUGGCAUAUGAAACGAUUACGGUACGAAUGAAUCGGAGCAAUAGUACGAUCUCGUGGGGAUUUACUGUAGCCGGUGGAGGUGCUAUGCCUAUCAAAAUUUCCACUGUUCAAAAAGGAAGUUUAGCAGAAAAAGCUGGAUUACAAAUAGGAGAUACGGUGACCGAAUUAUCCGGUCGUGUCACGAAAGGGAUGUCACUUCAGGAAGCUAAAAAUAUUGUCGAAAAAGUUUCACUCGAAAUUCAUAUGCUUCUGCAAAGGCGGGUAACAGAGCAUUCAUGUUUACCGUGGCAGUUAACGGAGAAAAAUAAUCAAAUAACAGUGGAUCAUAUCAACAAGCCUCAAACUGUCAAUUAUAAUUAUUACAAAAGUGAACGAAAAAAUAUAUCGCAUUCAACAUCGAAUUAUGAAGUACCGAUCAUGGAUGAAUCAUCCAAAUAUCGCACAUCUUCAUAUAGUAAAUAUGAGGAAAAUUCUUUGAAUCGCCCACUCAAUCUUAACUAUCAAUCAGUUGCUCCAUUUACGAAUGUGACAAAUACUGAAUCUUCAUAUGCUGAAGGCAAGCGCUUCGAGAAUAGCUAUAAUACCAAUAUUAACAGAGCAGAAUUACGCAGUGCGAGUGGUUCUGAUAGCAAGUCAACGUCAGGUAUGUCACGUGAUGUACCGAUAACGCUUAAGACCUCUACUCCCUCUGCUCCACUAAUGACACCAAACAGUAACAUAACAACUGGUUCGGAAAGUAGAAUUUAUGGCCCAGUUCAUGUUGAUACGAGCAAUGCCUACAGUAAUGUUGGAUAUCCUUCUUCUGAUUCUGGCGGUGGACAUCGUCCAGCAAAAAAUAUUCCUAUAAAACCACUAUGGCAAGAUACUGGACCACGAAUAUCAUUUCAACAUUCACCACGUACCGAACGUCAAUUAUCCCCGCAUGCAACAAUACGUCAUCUACAAUAUAAUUCUCCAAUUAAUUUGUAUUCACCACAUACUGCCGCUGAACAAUAUAUUCAACAAACUGGUGGACUUUUCGGCACUGACCCAUCAUUGCAACAACCGAAAGGUGAUGAAGCUUAUCUAAAGUCCGAAACACGCCGUCUGAUAGCAGAACAGGAGGGUCAAAGUGCACACGACAAAUCCCCAUCAAUGCAAAGUGCGAGUUUCAAACGAAUAUCCCGUGCAUGUGGUACUCCCGUUGACUAA